GAAACAGCUCGUGGUUAAUCUAUCUUUCACCAUGGCAACGUCUGUGAAGCUGAAUACCGAGGCAGAUAUGCCCAUAGUCGGGCUGGGCACGUGGAAGUCUCCUCCAGGUAAAGUUGCAGAGGCUGUGAAGGCAGCCAUCACUGCGGGUUACAGACACAUUGAUGGAGCCGCAGUGUACAAUAAUGAAACGGAGGUCGGAGAGGGAAUUCAGGCCAUGAUAAAAGAUGGUGUGGUAAAAAGAGAAGAACUGUUUGUGGUCAGCAAGCUUUGGUGCACCUUUCACGAGAAGGCCUUAGUAAAGGGAGCUUGCCAGAAGACUUUAAGUGACCUAAAACUGGACUACCUGGAUCUUUACCUGGUUCACUGGCCAAUGGGCUUUAAGUCUGGGCCAGAUCAGUUUCCAUUGGACAGUGAAGGGUUAACCAUCGGUGAUGACACCAAUUUCUUGGACACCUGGGAGGCCAUGGAGGAGUUAGUGGAUGCUGGGUUGGUCAAGGCCAUUGGCAUCUCCAACUUUAAUCGAGAACAGAUCGAAGCCAUCCUGAAUAAACCAGGACUCAAGUACAAGCCUGCCAACAAUCAGGUUGAGUGCCAUCCAUAUCUGACUCAGGAGAAGCUGAUUAGCUUCUGUCAGUCCAAAGGCAUCACAGUCACUGCUUACAGUCCUCUAGGUUCUCCAGACAGACCUUGGGCUAAACCUGAAGAUCCCUCACUGCUUGAUGACCCAAACAUUAAGGCCAUUGCAGAGAAGCACAAAAAGACAACCGCCCAGGUCCUCAUCCGCUUCCAGAUUCAGAGGAAUGUCAUCGUCAUCCCCAAGUCUAUCACACCUCAGCGUAUUCAAGAGAACUUUCAAGUUUUUGAUUUUGAAUUGAGUGAGGAUGAUAUGAAGACCGUUAUGGGCUUCAACAAGAACUUCAGGGCUUGUCCAAUGCAUUGGGGUGUAAAGCACAAAGACUACCCGUUUAACGCUGAGUAUUAAAAGAAGACAUCUCAAAACGUGCUGUUUGAUGAAAAUAAGUUCCUCUGUUCCAGAGAAUGCUGUUUUGUCAUUGAUCAGUGUGAAAAUGCUCUUCAUUUUGCAUUACGAAACUUGUUACUGAGAAAUUUCCUUACAGGUCAUCCUUGAUUUGAUUUACAGGUUAGCUUCUAAUGAAUGUUUUUUUGUUGUUGUUGUUUUACCAUAGACAUGGAGGUUAAAUUUGUUAAUGCAUUGACAAUUUUAAGCUGUUAUUACUUUAGUGUACACAUGGAAAUGUAAAAAGGUUCAUGACAAAACAACCCAAUUAAUCAUAAUUAAAUCUUUGAAAAACAUAUGCACUAGUAACUUUUUUUAUUUGAACAAUGUCACACAUUUUGCACAAUUGGGCAGAUAACAAGAGAAAGUAUUGGUCCUGAGAAUAUUUUUUUUUUAUAUGCACACUCCUUGUUUUCAAAAUGACAACAAAGCACUUCCAGUUUGUAAGAGCAGCUUUGUUUACAAUAUAUUGAUGUAUGCUUUGAAAGCCCAAAUAAAGCUCUUCGUCAAACAGC